GUCCCUCCUCCUCGUUACUGACCCGCCCUGCGGGUUUCCCUGUGCCACUGCGGUGAAACCAACGGUAAAAGAGGAUCUGGUUAAAAAAGUAAACAACAACCUGAAUAUCACGAGCGCCGUGUUUUGUAAUAGCGAGACCCCCCUUUUAUAUAGUUUUUUUCCCUUUCCGUUCACAUCUCCGGGUCAACCUAUUUCAUCAUCCAACCGGCAAAAUGGGAAAUGAGGCAAGUUACCCCCUGGAAAUGUGCUCGCAUUUCGAUGCUGAUGAGAUUAAGCGUCUGGGAAAGAGGUUUAAGAAACUGGACCUAGAUAACUCUGGGUCCCUUAGCGUGGAGGAGUUCAUGUCCCUCCCUGAACUCCAGCAGAACCCGCUGGUCCAGAGGGUCAUCGACAUCUUCGACACCGAUGGAAACGGAGAGGUGGACUUCAAGGAAUUCAUUGAGGGAGUCUCACAAUUCAGUGUCAAGGGGGACAAGGAGUCAAAACUUCGGUUUGCCUUCCGAAUCUACGACAUGGACAAGGAUGGCUACAUCUCCAACGGAGAGCUCUUCCAGGUACUGAAGAUGAUGGUAGGAAACAACCUGAAGGACACCCAGCUGCAGCAGAUUGUGGACAAGACCAUCAUCAACGCAGACAAGGACGGAGACGGCAGGAUAUCCUUUGAAGAGUUCUGCUUAGUGGUGGGUGGCCUUGACAUACACAAAAAGAUGGUGGUAGACGUGUGAGCAUGUCCCUCCGCUCCCUCCCCUCGCUUUCUUCUCCAUCGGUCUCUGAAGAUCUGCUCAAGACGUCUGGCAAACACUUUGUGUAUCAAUGGAAGUAUUCUCUCUCCCCGUGAAGCCACUUUUUUCUCUCCCCUAAACAAGCCACAAGCUUCGCAAAGCCAAUUUAGUUGUGUUAUUGAACUCCGAUCCUCUCAAUAACCUGAAGGACAGCUAUUUUUGUUUGUAAGAGCAUCCCAGUUUGAGGGAGGGAGGGGAAAGGUUGGCUUGAUUAUUUUUUGUCAACAUUUUUUUUGUAAUGUUAUUUUUUUUUAAAUAUUUAUUUUUGUUCUGGUCUCUUUUUUUUAAUAGACAAGUAUAUCUAUAAAUGUUUAUUUAGUGGGGAAAUGUGUCAUUAUCUGAGGUGUUGCGUUUAAAUAAUAUACUUGAUUUGGGUUACAAUUCAAAACGUAGGGUAUAAAGUGCCAACCAGGACAUAUGGUAUUGUUAUUAUUAAGUAUCCAACAUUGCGGUCAGUGAUGGACUGGUUUGUGAUGAGUCAAACGCUCGCUGCAAGAUCACUAAUGGUUAGAUGCAAAUUUCAUUUUCAAAAAUAAUUAAAUAAUUAAAUUUGACUCUUGAGCAGGUUGGAUUAGAUAAAUUAAGACAUUUGACUCUUGAGCAGGUUGGAUUAGAUAAAUUAAGACAUUUGACUCCUGAGCAGGUUGGAUUAGAUAAAUUAAGACAUUUGACUCCUGAGCAGGUUGGAUUAGAUAAAUUAAGCUUCCGAUCACAUUAAACAUACCUGUUGGAAGUUUAGUGAUGGGCUGUUUUAUUACAGGUUUAUACUUUGAGAUUAUUAUUCUAAGCGUAGAGAUAGAUGCCAAGAAAGUGAUACUUAUUUGUAUUUUACUUACUUUAACGACACGUUUGUACGUUGAACCAUAUGACAAUCCCCCAAUGCAAAGUAAAUGGGCGGCAGGUAGCCUAGCAGUCAGAGGCGAGCCAGCAACCGGAGGGUUGCUAGUUUGAAUCCCUGUGUCUGAUGGGAAAAAUCUGAAGGGAAGUGAGCUGGUAACCAGAGGGUUGCUGCUGGUGUCAAAUCCUAGAUGGCAUAACCUGCCGUUGUACCCUUGAGCAAGACCCUUAACCCCCCCCCUCACAGCAACUGCUCCAUGGGCUCCGUAGUAUGGCAGAGUCCCCUGCUUGAACCUGUGUGUGUGUGUGUCUUGGGAUAAAGUCAAAUGUUCUGUUGCACCUUGUGUACAAUUGAAUGAAUAAAAGGAUCUUGUACAGCUUGAUCACUCAAAUUCAAAAAAAUAAUAAUCUCUUUAACAUGGACCAUCUAUGUAUUUGUAUUUUAUUAUAUCUUAAACUGAGGAAUAUCCUAAAAUAUCAAGAUGAGAAAGAUUUAAUGAAUGUCAGUGAGUUGAGGGAAUAUAGAAUGUUAUGGCAUGUUAUUGAGACUCAACUACAGGCAGCAUAGUAACUGUAUAUUAGGUCAAUGUUUGCUCAUCUUAGUAGAGAGCGGCUGCUGCAGCAGCCAAUGUCAAACCCCCCCCCCAUCAAUAGUGCAUUUACAGUACAGGGUUCUUUCUAAUGCAACAACGCAGUUACUCGUAAACUUUUGACAUGAUCAAUGGACAUACGGUACAUUUGAGAGUACAUUAGAAAGUGAAGAUUUAAGAACCUAUUACAAUCGCCUCAUCGGUCCUCUCCCUCCGUGGUAUUCACAGUAGGGAGACUGACACAAGUUUAAGGUGAAAUGGGCAUCCCGAGAAUAUAAUUGUAACAAAAUGGCGGCAGGUUGUAUUUUAAUUAUUUGAUAGUUGGUUUGGAAACCAUUGGUUUUAGUGAGACGUCUCAAAUGCUUCCCUGCAUAGUGUACUACUUUUUAACCAGGGCCCAUAGCUCAGGUCAAAAUGAGUGCAUCAUAUAGGGCACUGUACAAGUGGCUUUUCUUGGGUUUCCUAUGUUUGCAUGAUGAUUUUCCUUGUGCAUGUAGAUGAUCCAUUUAAAUAAUCCUGGUUAAAACACGUGAAUGGUGAGGUCAGUAAUAACGAUAUUUAAUCAUCUACUGGGAAACAUAUUGGAUUUUGUCCCAACUUUGUUAAAUGUUCACAUUAUGGAGCAGUAAUCCAAACAAACUGAACUACAUGUUAACUUUGUAUCCCCCCCCCCCCCGGAUCAGCGCGAUGAGGUUUCUAUUCCUGUAAAAAGCUGGUCCCAAAGUCAACUGCCACUCACUGUACUCGACACGGUUUUCCAUUCCUUCAUCUAUAUAGUUCAGAUUUUAGUUCUGCAAGUACUACUUUCUCUAUUUUCUUUGAAAGGGACUCGGUGCUCUUUUAGUUUUGUGUGGGAACUGAAACGGCUAAGUUUGUCUAAUAGUUAUUUUCCCCUUUCUCUGCAUGGUGCAUCUGAUGCUGUGGGACUGUUGGAAACUUGAUAUUGUAAGAAAAUUUAAAAAAUAAUAAUAAUAAAACACUUUUAAACAUUUUAA